UUCGCGGGUCCAGUGCGGUUGCCAGGACUCGUGGGUAGAGUAGAGCUACCUUUUCCUCUUUCUUCUUCUUCGUCUUCUUUGCAUAACGUUCCUUUUUAGUGCCACUUCGCAAACCCUCGUCUUCUCCCAUCAAAAACCUCUCUCUCUCUCUCUCUCUAAAUUCUCUCAGCGGCGAUGGCCGACUGUUUUUCCAGCUCCGUCGAAUUCGGACUGAACCUCUCCAAGCGAGUCUACUACGGGAAAGGAAUGGCUCCGUCGCCGGCGACGGCGAUGGAAAGGUCAGCGGAGGGAUUCCUUCCGACGGCGCCGAUGUGCUACGCGGUGAUAUCGGAUCCGGAGAAAGUGGAGAACCCGGACAUUCGAAGCUACCAGCCGUACGUGCUGGGCGAGUGCGAUCCUCCGGCGCUGAUUCCGCUUCAGGUUCUCGGAGUUGGCAUGGAAGUGGAGUGCUCCUUGGACACGGCGUUCGUAACGGUCACCGGAAAGUGGCGCGUGCAUUGCGUCACGGCAAGAAGUACGUGUGACUGCCAGGUUGCCAUACCUAUGGGUGAACAGGGUUCACUUCUAGGUCUAGAGGUUGAUGGUUCCGGAAGAUCUUACCACACUGAAUUGAUCUCUCUGAAAGAUGAGAAGGAUAAGGAUAAAGUGGCCAAAGCUAAAGACGGAUACUUUUUGAACAGUCGAAUAUACACCAUUAAGAUUCCACAGUUUAGGGGAGGCUCCGUCUUCUCAAUUAAAAUCAAAUGGUCCCAGAAAAUUUUAUUUCAUGAUGGUCAGUUAUCAGUCUGUGUCCCUUUCAGCUUUCCCUCUUACGUCAACCCUGUUGGGAGAAGAAUUUCUAAGAAAGAGAAGAUAUUUUUGAAAGUCAAUUCUGGUGGUGCAACGGAAAUGUUAUGCAAAACCGCCAGUCAUCCUUUUAAGGAACUAUUGCGCCAAGCCGGCAAAUUAAAUUUAUUAUAUGAAGCAGAAGUGCUAGAAUGGUCAAGUACAGACUUCAAUUUCUCGUACACUGUUACUUCAAAUGACAUUUUUGGAGGUCUUCUCUUGCAAUCUCCAUUCCUGCGUGAUUUUGAUGAGAGAGAGAUAUUUUGCUUGUAUCUUUACCCGGGAAACAGCCAGGAUGGAAAGGUUUUUAAGAAGGAUGUGGUGUUUAUAGUAGAUAUAAGCGUAAGCAUGAAGGGAAGUCCGCUUGAAAACACAAAGAAUGCACUUCUGACAUCACUCUCUCAACUACAUGCACAAGAUACAUUUAACAUUAUAGCUUUCAAUGGGGCGGUAUCCUUAUUUUCGUCAUCAAUGGAAACGGCUACACAGGAAGCAAUUUUGAAUGCUACCAAGUGGGUUGAUACUAAUUUUAUUGCUAAUGGUGACACUAAUAUCAUGCUUCCCUUAACUCAGGCAAUGAAGCUACUUGAGAAAUCAACUGAUUCAGUCCCUCUUAUUUUUCUCGUUACUGAUGGGGCUGUUGACGAUGAGAGAGAAAUAUGCAAUUUUGUGACAAGCUAUGUAUCAAGGGGGCAAUUGGUUCGAACACCACGCAUAUGUACAUUUGGCAUAGGUUUAUAUUGCAACCACUACUUCCUGGAAAUGCUAGCGCAAAUUGGGAGGGGCCACUAUGAUUUUGCUCAUGAUUUAGAUGCAAUCGACUUUAGAAUGCAAAGGCUGUUCAGUACAGCUUCAUCGGUUACGGUUGCUGAUAUAACAAUCGAAGGUUUAGAAGGUCUUGAUUCAUAUGAGUUAUUCCCAACUCAUAUACAAGAUCUAUCAUUUGGAAGUCCGUUGAUUCUAUCAGGCAGAUACAGUGGAACUUUUCCCCAAUCAGUUAAAGUCACCGGUACUUUGGCAGAUAUGACUAACUUCGUAGUAGACCUUAAAAUGAAAAGAGAAAAGGAUAUUCAGCUCAGUAAUGUUCUUUCAAAGAGACAUAUAGACUUGGUCACUGCUCAAGCCUGGUUAUUAAAAAGUGAAGAGCUGGAGGAGAAGGUUUCUAAAAUGAGCAUUCAAAAUAAAGUCCCGUCAGAGUAUACCUGCAUGAGCAUGGUUCUUGUACAGAGUGAUGAAGGGAAGAAGGCACCUGAACAAUUUCUGUUACAAAAGGCAUACAAGAAGCUUAGCUUCCAGAGUUUGGAAAUGAACAACAUCCAGAAGUUAUUCCUUGGAGGGUGGAGUCUUGGAUUUGGAGACGUGAAAGCAACUGCUGAGAACUUGGCACCAGCUAUAAAAGAAGCAAAACCACCUGAAGGACUACUGGGGAAGGCUGCUUCCACUUGUUGCAGUCGAUUGGCUGAUAACUGUUGUGGCAUGUGUCUGCUGCAGACUUGCAAUUUUAUGAAUGACAAGUGCACCAUCGUUUGCACUCAACUUUGUGCAGCCCUCGCAUGUUUUGAGUUAAUCAAAUGCUGUAUUGAGCUCUGCGACUGUGAUUGUUUGUAGUGAAAUUAUGUAUAUGCUUAAGUUAAACAUACAAAAUCUGUUUAAUAUUACAAAUGUUAACAAGGUAUAUAUUAUAUAUAUAAGCUCUUGUGCUGUCAUGUUUGCAGCUUA